AUGACGACGAUCGAACAGACUGAGUUUGGGAAACGUCUUUUUGAGAACCGUCGGUAUAUAGUUGAAGUGAACAGCCGGUACAGAUUUGAACUUAAAACGUUCGAUUCAGUUGAAGGAGUUUUGGGGCUUUACACUUCAAAAACAAGUUCAGAUAAGAAAAUCAGUUUAACACUUGAUACGUUGUUCAUGAAAUCAUUUAAGGUGUAUAUUGAGUAUCUUACCCAUAACACUGUGUAUCUUGUUGGGGAACACCAAGACUCUAUGUUCAUAGCAUGCUCUUUAUUACAAUUUGGAGUAUCUAUACCAAACUCUUUGAAUUAUGCACUCAAAUUUGAACCUUCUAUUGACAACGAAGAGGACAAAUUAAAGACGUUUGUUGCGUCUGUAUAUGAAGUCCUUUCAUUUACAACAGCAGAGUCGAUCACCAUUUUUAAUACCAAAAAUGAUGGUGCUGUAUUUCGCAAAUGUGUUCUUAAUAACAAAAAUGCUGAUGUUGUAAGAAUAAUAUCAGAGUGGCUCGGAGUCGCACAACCCACCCUCUUGAUUAAAACACCAACAAAACCACAACACCCCCGUUCAAAUUCCACUUCACUCAUUUCGUCAUUGCCAAAUUUACUGAGCAAAAGCGACGAGUUAAGAACACGCAGCGCAAAUGAUCGCAAGUCUUCCUCGUGCAAAAACUCCCCCAAAGAGAAAGAACGCAAAGUAGAUAAAGAUCGGAAGACUUUUGGCUUUAUCAAAGAUAUCGUUUCACUGGGCGGCUCUUUAACUUUUGGCAACUCCUCCAAGUCCGAAGACUACAGAGCAACAGACGACAAACAAAAGGUGCCCAGUCCACACUAUGAGAAUGACACCGACUCUUUCCAGACGUGUCUCAAUAGUGCAAAAGCAGUCUCUAGUGACUCAUAUAGUAACUUAACUAUCACUGAACUUGAAGAGAAUAACAAAGAGUACACACUUACAGACACACAGCUGAAAGGGAUUGUUGGUCUUCAAAGUCAGGCAAGAGGGUUUAUCACUCGAAAAACUUUCUCUGUCGACAAAAUGCAGAUGAGGAAUUCUGCGAUUACUGAAUUGUACGACACCGAAGUCUCUUUGUUAAAGAAGAUGGAAUUGAUGGAGAAGCAUUUUAUGAAGCCGAUGAUGGCGGUUGGGAUCGACAAAAAGGUGAUCAAAAAGAUCUUUGUAACACUUCCGCAGUGCAUUGAAUCUUCCCGCAUCUUUGUGAGGAAUUUAGAGAAGGUCUGUGCAAGCAAAUUGCAUGCGGAGAGUUGCGUUGGGAAUGUCCUUGGAAGAGUGAUACAGUACAUCACACCCUAUUUAGCAUUUACCACUGAUUAUAAUAUAGCAGAGAAGACUUGGAAGGAAGAGAGUAAAAGCGCGAUGAUGCGGAAGGUCAUCCAAAUGGCUGCAAAAUGUGAAGAAUUAGAGAACACCCCUCUUAAUGUGUUAUUAAUUCAGCCCAUUCAGAGGAUCAUGCGAUACCCCAUGUUGAUUAAAGAGGUUCUUAAAUUCACGCCACAGAGCCAUCCAGACUAUUUCUGGCUAAAAGACGCUCUCAAGAAGUAUGAAUAUUUCUGUACUUUAUCAAACGAAAGAUCAAAAAUGCGAGACGCACUUAUGGAACAAGCAAGUGAACUUGAGAUGGACAACUUGUUUGUCGAUAAUAGAUAUUUGAUAUGGGCCGGGUUCACAACAGACAAACAUAAGACGAAAAUUCUGGUCUUUAAUGACUCCGUUGUUGUAGCUCAGAAAACAGUGAAGAGUUUCUUAGACCCAAUAGCGUCUCUUGGGCAUAAUGAAAAGAAUCAAAAGUGGAGUAUCAUCGAUUCUAUUGCAAUCGACAAAGACAUUAAUAUCGCAACUAAUGGAAAGGUAUUACAAAUUAAAAAGUAUGGGAGAAACCAACCACUUAUGGCGGAAUUGCAGAGUGAAGAGAUCACACAAGAAGUGUACAAAAAGAUUAGUGGCGCAAUAGAGAUGGGGUGGUUUGACAUCGAAGAUACCACUUCAUGGGCAGAUUGUUUACAACUUUAA